AGGAUGCGCCUCGCGGCUACGACGGUGGAGGGCAAGAGUCGAUGGCCCGCUACGACGUGUCCGAUUUUCUUUGUGCUGCUGUUCCUGCUGCCCGUCUGGAUUCUGACGAUCGACGUUGUCGACGCGUCUCCCCUUCAUCCCGUGCCGCCGCAUAGAGAUAUCACGCGCGGCUCGUAUAUCGGGUACUACGAGGCAGCUACCUAUGACACCGCGGCCUUGAGACGACAUCGCAACCGGAUACGUCGCGACGUCACCGACUCCGACGAGCAACCUCCUCUGAUUCUGCACCUGAGGACGCUCGACAGAUCCUGGACGAUGCGCUUGGUACACGACGCGAGUCUUUUCAGCAAAGACGUAUCUUUUGAGAGCACAAACGGCCCGAUAUCCUUCGACACGUCGCAUUCUUAUGUCGGUACUGUUUUAGAAGACGAGAGCGCCUUGGUACAGGGCGUCGUUACGGAAGACGGUCUCUUCGAUGGCAGCGUCGUGACCAGAUUCGAAGAGUAUUACAUCGAGCCGACGAGCAGGUAUUUGAAUAAAAAUGAAGACACGUCGCCGUCCUAUCACACCAUAGCUUAUCGUACUUCCGACGUUACCACCCCGCCGCAUCCAUUACCGUGUGCCAGUCAUCAGCUGCAUCGUGAGAGUGCUCUUCGUGAUUCCACGGAUAGGUACAGGUAUAACAGCUCUCAGACGUUCUACGAACCCUUGUUCGGCGAGCACGUUGCUCUCUAUUCGAGGGAAAACAACGCGAGGGUGUUAACGAUAGAGACGGAUAAUGACGUCGAAUACACGGAUGCCGCGAGCAACAGAGAUCGGAUCGCGCGACAUCUGCACAAGCGCGCAACAGUGGAUCCCCGAAAAACUACUUGCAUGCUCUACUUGCAAGCGGAUCAUCAGUUUUUCGCGCGAUACGGCACGGAGGAAGCCUGCAUCGAGGUGAUGACGAGGCACGUGCAGCGAGUCAACUCCAUCUACAAACACACGGACUUCAAUCAGGACGGACGACCAGAUAAUAUCAGCUUCAUGAUAAAACGCGUCAAGGUGCACAGCGAGGACGCUUUGAGAGAUCCUAAUUAUCGCUUUCCAGGAAAUUACGGCGUAGAAAAAUAUCUGGAACUCUUUUCAGAGGAAGACUACGACGCGUUUUGUUUGGCGUAUAUGUUCACGUAUCGAGAUUUCGAAAUGGGAACUCUAGGCUUGGCGUGGACGGGCGAUCUCAAGAACGCCGGCGGCGUAUGCGAGAAAAACGGGCAUUACCGCGGCAGCAUGAAAUCAUUGAACACCGGCAUAGUGACCCUAUUAAAUUACGGGAAGCACGUACCGCCUGCGGUCUCUCACGUUACUUUGGCUCACGAGAUCGGCCACAACUUCGGUUCACCGCAUGAUCCGGAACAAUGUACACCGGGCGGCGAGGACGGCAACUUUAUAAUGUUCGCCCGGGCGACCAGCGGCGACAAACGCAACAACAACCGUUUCAGCCCUUGCAGUCUGAACGCCAUAAAUCCCGUGCUGAACAGCAAGGCGCGCUCGCCAAAGGGAUGCUUCACCGAACCGCAAGUAUCGCUGUGUGGCAACGGCGUGGUGGAGGAGGGCGAAGAGUGCGACUGCGGCUGGGAGGAAGAUUGCAGGGAUUCGUGUUGCUUCCCUCAGCGUCGUUAUCCGCCGCCCGAGGAGACUCCGUGCACGCUCACUCCGGGCUCUGUGUGCAGUCCUAGUCAAGGCCCGUGCUGUACCACCGAGUGUAAUCUCCGGUUCAGUGAGAAGUGCAGGGACGACAACGGCUGCCGCGACGCCAGCUUCUGCGACGGUCGUACUCCGUAUUGUCCGCCAUCAAUUAAUAAACCCAACAAGACCAUCUGCAAUCGCGAAUUGGUUUGCUUCAUGGGGGAGUGUACCGGCAGUAUUUGCCUGGCAUAUGGACUGGAAUCAUGCCAAUGCAUACCGGGACCGAACGAUCCGUCGACGAAGGCUUGCGAGCUCUGCUGCCGACUCCCCGGCGAAAAUCAACCGUGCUUAUCGUCAUUCGACUGGAACUCACCGCCGUACGACAUUCCCGACAUGUUUUCGAAACCGGGUACUCCGUGCAACGAUUACAACGGUUACUGCGAUGUCUUUCAAAAAUGUCGCGAGGUCGAUCCAAGCGGUCCAUUAGCAACUUUGAGGAAGCUCUUAUUAUCCGACGAGAGUUUGGCUACUUUCAGACGGUGGGUCAUCGAGCACUGGUACGCUCCUGGUCUGAUCGUUUUCGCGGCAAUAACAUUGCUGGUGGCCAGCAUGAGAUUUCUGGGCAAGCAACCGGACUUGAAAUUAAAGUCUGUUACGAUAAUUCACAGUUCCACGACGGAAACUGUGCGACUUCCGCCGGAGGGUGCGGAGGGAGUGACGGUGCACCCGCCGGCGGUACGCGCCAAGCUUCCCCUCAGUAGGAAGGUCAGAGAAAAGAGGCGUCAUCGCAAACAUAAAGACGGUCACACCGAUAGCAAAUCCAAUAAUAAGGACGUAACGAAAAAGAAACAGCAAAUCCAGCAGACGAAGAGAUUAUCCACCGGACAGGCGGACGACGUGACACGAAAGAGACCAGCUGAGACUUCAGCUGCUGCGCAGGAAAACAAACGGAAAAAGACAUCAACGACGAGAGACAAAGGACAAAGUGCCAAUAACAAUAGCGGCAACAGCGGAGAUAACGAUAAGAGAAAACGAAAGAAACAACAUAGGAAGGAGGUGAUAGAUUACUCGGCAAUCCAAACGGAAAAAGAGCCAGAACCGAACGCAGAUCCCAAGAGUAAAGUGCGUUCCUGGUUACUCGCGUCCUCGCAGUGCCGACCGGAGACUGGUGCGCGAACCAACAUAAACGGUUUGCCAAAGAGCAAAUCGACUCCUGUAGGUUUGACCACUAGCGGGGCGGUAGUAUCCAGAGCGCCGAUAUCGCGGCAACAGCCUCUGACGAGCGCGCGGCGACCCAACACGGAAACCGGAAGAACGGAGCUGAAGAACUCGUCAGGUUCGCUCGCACGGAAGGAGCGCGCUAGGCUUCAAGUGGUGUACAAGCCGCCGUUUCGCUUUAGCGUGAAAUUACGCAAGUCUGACAAAGUAGCGCAGGCACCAGCGACGACAAAUCACGUCAACGCGAGCGGCAGUCGAACGGCGAAGCUGCCGAGAACUGGAGUGCUCCUGCGAACCGCCAAGAGAAAAGACCGCGGCGUCAGAAUCGGCAGAGCGCGGCAGAUCGCGCCGACCGGCAUCGGGAACAGCGGCAGCGAUCUUCAAGAACCAGCCAAUUCCGAUCUACACACCGUGCCCUCCGAUCUGGAAGUGUUGCUGUCCGAGAGCGAGUUUCUCUUCUCGGACACGUGACCACGUGAUUUUCGGAUGGGACAGAUUUGAAUUUGUUACAGGCUGCGGCCGCAUUAAGUAGCUAUUGUGCAUCUUCUUCUAGAGAACGAGAGUAGAUAGUAAACUUUAGAAAACACGCGCGGGAUGGUAAUUUAUAUAUAUAAUUAGCUCGUGCGUGUGGGUGAAUCCCGUCCUGUGGAACGCAAAAGGAAAGUGGGAUCUAGCUUAUUUGCCGAGCUUUUGUCGGUGUCUUGAUUCAUCCGUUAUUUGUUUCCGACUGUUUGCCGAACUGCCAAGACGUCAGUGUGACGUUGCAUUCAUUGAUUCUCGUUGUUCUUCCUUUCCUUGUCUUUAGAACGAAGCGACAGCGCGACGACCGAUUGUACGUUUGCGAUCGAUCGCGCUCUGAUAGGCGACAUACAAUGAACGUUUGCGAAAAACGAGAUUUGCUCUUCGAUCGGCAAACGUACGGUAGGUGCGUGCGCGCGCGCGCGCUUUUUUUCUAACGAUCAUAAGCCAGUUUUCUUCUUCCAAAGAAAGGGGCCAAAUCCGCUGUUUAGGAGCAAAUGGCGUAAGUGCCGCAAAUAUAUUUAAAUGCUGUUUUACUCGCCUAAUGCUCCUUGAAAUUACGCUAUGAAAGCAGAUUAUAAUCUUAACGAUCCGUUUUCGAUUGUAGCUUUAAAUUUUCAGGGAUCAGUGCGUAAACUAUUUGUGACAUGCAUUAUACUAAAAAAAAAAAAAAAAAAGAAAAAAACAAAAAAAAAA